GUAGAUUGGAUUAGUACCGAGAGAGUACAAACGGAGCAGAGCGGAGCGGAGCGGAGUGGGAGGUCCAGUCGAGUCUGUCCAGUGCCAGACUGUCCGCCCUGACGACGCAAGACGUCAAAAUCGAUCCACGUUGUGUCGUUUCAUACAUGGUAUACGUCGCGUGAUUUCAUGAUGUAGCACCAGGCGAGUGAUCCCGGACAGUAGGCAGAAAGAUCGUCGCAGCUGACUCGGUAUCACCAUGAAUGCCAGGACGCAGCUAUUCGAAUUAAGCAUGGAGGGACGUCAGGUGGACGAGGCAGUGGCAAGUAUAUUCCACAGUGUGCUGUUCCAUCGGAGCCUUGGCAAAUUCAAGUACAAACAGGAAGGUAGCUAUUCAGUGGGCACUGUGGGAUACCAAGACGUGGACUGCGACUUCAUUGAUUUCACUUACGUCUGCUGCUCGUCGGUGCACCUUGAUCAGACGCUGAAGCGUGAGAUAUCGGGUUUCUCGGAGGCGCUGCGCUCUACCGACAGUCCAGGUUCCGGUCAAAUAUCCCUAGAAUUCUUCCAGAGGAAAAAGAGUCGCUGGCCGUUUCAACCGGAAUGUAUACCAUGGGAAGUAUGGACUGUUCGUCUUGAACUUAUCAAAUUGGCCACCGAGCACGAACGACAGAUAUGUCGAGAAAAGGUGGGCGAUCUACUGACCGACAAGAUCCUUUACAUCACCGAGGUCAUGAAUCGGCACGAUUACAUUCCGAAAGUGCCAAGUCAGGCCGAGCUGGAUCUGAUCUUCGAUACCUCGUACCCGGACAUACAACCGUAUCUCUUCAAAUUGUCUUUCACGACUUCUAGUCCGUCGACCACCACGAUGGGCAACACCAUGAAGAAAUUGAUUAGAGAGACGCUAUCCAUUUAGUCGUUAUAACGUAUAGUGUAAACUCUUCACGUUAGUUGCAUUCGUUUAGCUUUGUCAGAGUCAUCAAAAUGUAAAUCUUAUGUUUUCAUUUUUCAUUUAUAAUGCACAAAUUUCUGCAUUGCACCAAGCGAUUUUUCGUGUCCACAAUGACUCUAACCUGCCACCGUAGCUGUUACUAUGAGUUCCAAGAAAAAUACUAAAUUUACGUUAUAAAGAAAGCAGAGUGGUCCCGAGUCUUCGACCACUCGUUCCCGGCGGAAAUUACCAAAAGUACUCGGGGAGGGGAGUACUUUGCCUACGUGGUAGACUCCGCCAGAUUUUGUAAGCUCCAUAAUAAUAGUAUCUCUUAUAAUGAAAAUAAUAUUUCGUAUACAUUGCAGGCACUUCCGCUGCUCUGUGUCUCUAAUGUCUCUAUAUAGUACAAAUGAAACACAAUACUGUGACACUUGGCUUCUUUUGUACUUUACUAUGAACGUCCGUCACAUAAUUUUAGCAGGAUCACAUUUAGUCACGUUUUAUACAAUAUAAUAUUUUACCUCCUAACUCUCACCAUUUAAAUCUCCACAGAUGACCGCUGUGGCAGAACGACAUUAUGUUCCUCUUCUCGCUUCUCAUCCUUUUCAAAUGCUGUGUAUAUCGUAGAAUAGACUCAAUCGUAAUUUCCUUUAAUAGACAAAGAAUUUUCAUGCGUCACACAGAGAAGAUAAUUUGAUAUAGAGUAAGAAUACAGAGAUUUCGAGUCUAUAGAAGAGCAGGAUGUCUUCAGAUUCUUUAAUGUCUAGUAGAGUCUUUGAGAAUACUGAAUCUUAAAGCUACUUGUAACUACUUGCUCCUUGAUAAACUCCUCCGACUACACGACGGCUGUAUUUGGCGCUACUAUACACUCUGUUUUUCAGUCACUAACAUUGAAAGUAUAUAUAGCUAUCCUAAACUCUCUGAUGAUCACAGAACGCUUGGAAUAUUCCGCAAAUAUAUAACGUGUAGCAUAUACACGGAGUGUAUACACGUGUGUUUGCAUACAAAGCUGCUACUAGUUUCAUUGUGACUUUGACGCUGAAUAUCCGAUCGUGUCCAAUAUUGGAUUUAGUAUUAGGAAAUUGCGUAACGACCGGGUCAGGAUUAGCGUUAAAUGUGCGGAAGAGCAGAGUGUUUAUUGUAAUUAUGUGUAUGCAUGGAAGUGAUUGUUAUUUAUUUCACGAGUGAUGAUACGUGGACGUAACGCUAGGCGUUAUGUGUAUGCAGAUUAGCAAAUACAAUUAUUUACAUAUUGCUCUUUUUUCUUCGUUGAUCUUAAGUUAUAAUAAUCAAACUGUAAAAUAAGUUGAUAAUCAUUAAGCCAACACGACGCCCGCAAUAACGAAGCGCACCGGGUGAUACAAAAGAACCGUACGAAAAAAAAAUCGUCGUCACGAUUACAUUUUCCCAGACGUUUCGUGCCUUCGUACCGAAUUUUUUAUAGAGAAAUUAAUGUGCUAGGGACUAACAUAUACCAGAUGAUAGUGUCACUAUUAUUUAUUGAGCUCGAAGUAUCUCCUCUCAUCUCGUAAAAAAAAAAAAAACUGGAAUAGUCUCUCUCUCGCGCGCGCAGAAAACAAAUCUGUGAUCCUUCUCGAAUUCGAGACGGUUUUGUUCUAUUCCUCAUAAGCGACAAAUGUGUGCCGUUAACGUCGUGUCGUUUUAGGAUUUUCAAGCAAGAUGAAAGGCGCAACGGCGAAUGUUCGGAAUGGCUCGCGGUCGGCGGUGACCCACGCGCGAUUAUACUUAUUAUAUUAUACAAUGUAAAUAGCAUCUGAAGAAUAUUGCCGUAAAUCAAAUCGUGUCGUGCCGAAAGGGUCCCCGCGCGUUCCGAGAUCCGCUUCAUCGCCUUACCCUAUGACCAAUCAAUAAAGAUAUCACGACGCAUUAGUAGUGCACAUACUUUACGAAUUAACCGUAGACGAGAAGCGUAAUGUUAAUUUAAGGAUUAAUCAUGUAUCGUCCCUACUGCUUUUCUUUUUCUGCCAACGUUCUCCAUGUAGUUUAAUAUGCAAUUGCGAUUUAGCUGAAUGUUCCGCGACUCGAGCGUACGUCGAUUGGAUGUAUCCUAUUAGGAGUGUCUUUUUUUUUCUCUUGUAUCAAUUAAAGAAAGGAAAUCACGGUGGUCGUCGACAGUCUGUCGCUCUCUCUGCGAUUCCGUGUAGAAAAUCGACCGCAAUCUCUUUCCCUCGCAUUACCUGACUUUUACUUUUUACAAUUAUAUGAUGCACGAUAUAUUGUAAAAGGUAAAAAGGAGUCGCGAUAUGGAGCCGCGAUAUGAUAUUAUGACAAAGAAAGAUGCGUAUACAUGCGCAUAUAUAUAUAUAUAAAUAUGAUAUAUAGAAAGAACGAAAAAAGAGAGAGGGAGAGGAAGAAGAAGCGAAAGAGCGAACGAAUGGCCACGUAUGCAUGUGUAAUUAGAGUUCUGCGAGUUUGUCAAAUUGCCACACGCUGUUAUAAAUAAAUGAAAUUAUAAAUAUAUAAAUAAUAUAUAUAUAUAUAUAUGAAUAGCAAAAUAGAUAAAACCGAGACCUGUAUAUUAUAAGCUGCGAGACAAAUGUGACAAAACGUGUAGUGUAUAGUGAAAAAGAUGAAAUAUCUGCAAGUUUUAAUUUAUCAUGAUGAGUACGCUAAAU